AUGGUACGACGUAUCUUACCCGCUGAAAGACCUGCUGUAGGUACUUCUGACCACCUUCGACUCUUACAGUACCCCAAAUCGCUGUCCACAUAUCGCUGUUCAUUGUCGUUCACCGACUUCAGUCUACCAGUUCAAGUCCGGUCAUCAUCCACUACAAGAUACGCCAGUCCACCGUCGAACUACACAGCAGCCACGUUGUGA